CUGUCAUGUAAAAUGCGGUAUUAGAAUUGAUGACAUUCAAUCAUUUUCAACAAAAACUAGUUUGUGCUGAAACACUUCGUUUUUGUUCUUCUUUCUUUCAGAUUUGUAGUCUCACACUAAAUGGUGUGCCACCAUCUAGUGGCCGACAGUGUCAUUACACCCAAAACAGACGAGAGUUAGACCUAAAUGCAGUUAUCACCUGUACAAAAAUAUUGUCGAAAUGGUGGGAUAUAUAAUUGUACUGUUGCUUCUUUUUUUUCCUUUUUUGACUUUUUCUUCUCUUUGCAGAGUGGUCAUAAUCCUCUCAUCCCCUUGAUGCAGGACUCCUCCCCUCUCCUGAUCUGGGUUCUGCCGGCUGAGCCUCUCCUCUUCAUCCUUAUCCUCAUCCUCAUCCAAACAGUCCCUCGUCUAGCAGUGACAAUGUCUAGACCGCGCGCGUGUAAAGACCGCGGAUGUGCGUUGUUGGAAGCGUGAGCCAUGGGGAAAUAUUUGUUUGUCUAAUAUUUGCCGUGAACGAGAGGUGACGACGGUGGUUUGAAGAAGCAUGGAUGCGCACGGUGGCGGUCUCAGAGGAGUCUCUUCUUAUGUGGCGGACUUAAACGCGUGACCAGGCCAGCAGGGCCUAACACUACACCAUGGCGAAGGUCAACAGCGAAAUCUCCUACUUGACCAGAUGCCGCUUGUCCAGUCGCUCAUCGGACGAGGAGCUGUCCGUCGUCGAAAAUGGAGACAGCAGUCACAAUUCCGAGAGGGCGCUGUCUUCAAAGUCCAACAGAACGCUUUUUACUGGUCCAGGAGCAAUGGCCAGGCUCUCUUACUUCUUCUACAUGCUGCGCAACUGGGCCUUUAACAGGAUGAAUCCUGAAGUACCGGCGAGGCGCGACUCUUUCCUAGAGCGCUUCCGAGGCCCCGAGCUCAAAGAAAUGUCGGGCUGCAAGAGUGACAGACAGUCCUUGGACCACAACAGCACAACACGCAGGAAGAAGAAGGAGAUCUGGAUCAUGGACCCAGCUGCAGACAUGUACUACAGGUGGCUGACGGUCAUCGCUGCCCCGGUGUUUUACAACCUGAUAAUGAUUGUGACCAGGGCCUGUUUCAAUGAACUCCAGGACCGCUUCACAAAACUUUGGAUCUUCUUGGACUACACCUCAGACUUCAUCUACUACACAGACACAUUUGUCAGGUCAAGGACAGGCUACCUGGAACAAGGCCUCCUGGUGAAGGACGCCACAAAGCUGAGAGCCAAAUAUAGGACCACGUCACAGUUCAAGUACGACAUGAUUUCCAUGAUCCCCACCGAUCUGCUCUUCCUGAAAUAUGGAUACAAUAACCCAGAGUUCCGCUUCAACCGCCUCUGCAAGAUCUCCAGGCUGUUUGAGUUCUUCGAAAGGACUGAGACCAGGACCAGCUUCCCCAACAUGUUUCGUAUUAGCAAUCUCGUGCUCUAUAUCCUGGUCAUCAUCCACUGGAACGCCUGCAUGUUCUUUGCUAUCUCCAAGACCAUUGGUUUCGGUUCGGACACUUGGGUGUACCCCAACAUCAGCCACCCGGAGCAUGGCCGCCUGGCCAGAAAAUACAUCUACUCCCUCUACUGGUCCACACUGACCCUCACCACCAUUGGUGAGACGCCUGCGCCGGUGAGAGACGUGGAGUACCUCUUUGUCAUCGCCGAUUUCCUCACCGGUGUGCUGAUCUUUGCCAGUAUUGUCGGAAACGUCGGCGCCAUGAUCUCCAACAUGAACGCCUCCCGCGCUGAGUUUCAGGCCAAGAUUGACUCCAUCAAGCAGUACAUGCAGUUCCGCAAGGUCACCAAAGACCUCGAGGCCAGGGUGAUCAAGUGGUUCGACUACCUGUGGACGGAGAAAAAGACUUGCGAUGAGAAAGAGGUUCUGAAGAACCUGCCGGACAAGCUCAAGGCUGAAAUCGCCAUCAAUGUCCAUCUGGACACACUGAAGAAAGUGCGCAUCUUCCAGGACUGCGAGGCGGGACUCCUUAUCGAGUUGGUGCUCAAGCUGGAGCCUCAAGUCUUCAGUCCUGGGGACUACAUCUGCAAGAAGGGCGAUAUCGGCCGGGAGAUGUACAUCAUCAAGGAGGGCAAGCUAGCGGUGGUGGCCGACGACGGCGUCACGCAGUUCGUGGUCCUCAGCGACGGCGCAUACUUUGGGGAAAUCAGCAUCCUGGGCAUCAAAGGCAGCAAGGCCGGGAACAGGAGAACAGCCAACAUCCGAAGCGUGGGCUACUCUGAUCUCUUCGCCCUCUCCAAGGAUGACUUGAUGGAGGCGCUCACCGAGUACCCAGAUGCCAAGAAGGCCCUGGAGGAGAAGGGCAAGGCCAUAUUGAUGAAGGACAACCUGAUUGAUGAGGCGGUGGCUAAUGCUGGUGCAGACCCCAAGGACCUGGAGGAGAAGCUGACCAGGCUGCAGGACAACCUGGACGUCAUGCAGACCAAGUUUGCUAAGCUCAUGGCCGAGUUCACUUCCAGCCAGAUGCGCAUGAAGCAACGGGUCAGCCAAAUGGAGUCUCAGGUGAAGGCCGUCAAACCCGAGGAUCUGUCAGAAGUGGUGGCCGACAAGGACAAAAAGGUUCAGUGAAGGACUUUACGAGGAGCGAAGGGACUUUACCAAUGUCCAAAUUGUUUUUAUCGAUUUAUACAUCUGGCCAGGUUUGUCCAGAGAAUUCUUGUAAAUGUCACGAAUAGCGAAAGGUAAUCAACGCCCACACAAAAAGGUUUGUAAUUGUCAGUAUAACUUGUUAGAUACUCGGUAAUCCAAGCCAUGCUGAGGGUUCACAAAUUGCACAUAUCCAGUUUAAAGGUCAUCUGCACACUUUUUAAGAAUAUGUUUACUUCAGCUGGUUCUUCAUCCCCCCCCCCCACCCCCUCCCCACAGUGGGUAUUUCCCUCGGCAUAUUGCUGCCUCUCACAGGUCAAUUUGGGUACUACAUCAGGUUAUGUCUUUCAUUCUUUUGAUAUAAAAGGAGUAAAAAAAGGACAAAGGCUGUCCCUCCUGAGCCUGUAGGCUAGAGCAGGUCGAACAUCAAGUCAAAACAACAGCAGCAAUGCCCCUGCAGUAAGUGACAUUUGAUAUUGUAAAUAUGAACGUACCUGUAUAUUUAUGCACAUUACAUGAAGAUGUCUCACUG